UGCUUAAUGCAGCUGUUAUACCUUCUGCACUAAGAACAAGACAGAUAUAUAAUGAAGCGUUAGAAAUAGAAAGAGAAGAAAGAAAAAGUACAGCUAUGAGAAAGAAAUACGAUUCUACGCGUUGUACAAAAACGUUUAUUGAACGUGCUAAUUGACUAUCGGACAGAGAAUUUCUGAUAUUUCGUAGAAUUGUUCGACUAGCCGAAUUAAUUCGUCCGAAAGACUCAUACACAAACGAGAUAUUAAUCUGAGUGUGAAGACGGAACGACGGGAUAACAUGUGACGUCAUUAAUGGCCGCCGCUGUGUUGUCUAUAUACGCAACGGAGCGCGGCACUCAGUGCGAGACCGCUAACAGAAGUUAGACAUAACGCAACAUACGCAAGACGCGAGCGAGUAGAGACGGUAGUUAUUUUUUAUCGCAUAAAGCUGUGGCCGAACGCGCAAGAUAUGGGCUCGAAGAAGCACAAGAAGCACAAACGCGAAAGGCACGAAGGAAUUAUGACUACGUUUUCACCACGGACAAACUGAGAGAGUGAGGUUGGAGUAGAAGUGAGGUGGAUUCGAAAGUAUAAACGAAGCGUUCCGCAGCAACAGGCGCGACGUGGAAAAGGUCAGUACACAACGACGGACAAGCCGCCUAGUUUGAAGUUAAUCUUAAAGGUAGGAGGCAGUACUGGAACGCCUGAGCACGGCAGUGAGUCGCCCAAUCAGGCCACGAUGCUGUCGCACUACCAACUGGAGCAACAAUUAGGCCUCAACUACUCCGUUAGUACGGGGGAUACGGAAUACGACAGGUACCUCGGUCAUAAGAAGCUCAAGAAAAAGAAGAAAAAGAAAGACAAACGGCACAAGCAUCAUCACAAAGAUAAGAAGAGACGGAGGGAAGAAUCGAGCCAGGAAUCAGUCGGCGACGCCGACGAGAAUCUGGCCGAACCUUUACCUAAGAAGGCCUGUACUAAUCAUAAUCAGCUGCUGCCGCCCAGGCCGCCGUCGUGCGGUGAAUUAAGGGUGGGCGUUAGUAGUAAUGUCAGUUCUCUAUCGCCCCAUCGCGAGCCUAGAACAUGCGUCCUCAGGAAGAUAGCGGAGCGCACGCCUCUUCAAAGAUUGCUGGAGCAUUUGUUGAGAUCUAUGGAGAAGCGAGAUCCGCAGCAGUUCUUCGCCUGGCCAGUCACAGACAGCAUCGCACCCGGCUAUUCUCAAAUCAUCACAAAUCCAAUGGAUUUCAGUACGAUAAAGCAGAAAAUAGACGACAACAACUAUCAAAAUCUGCAGGAGUUUGUGGACGAUUUCAAACUCAUGUGCGACAACGCCACGACCUACAAUCAUCCCGACACUAUUUAUUUCAAGGCAGCAAAAAAAUUGCUGCACGUCGGCCUGAAGAUGGUCACUCCCGAGAAACUACGGCAGCUUAGACCAGUUUUAACAUAUAUGAACGACAUCACGAAAGAGGAGCUUGGAUUCGAGCUGGGCAUCGAGGAUCCUAAUAACCCGGACGCACCGGCGACGGAGGAGCAAAUCGAGCGGGAACGCGAGCAGGAGGAACGCAACGAGGAGGCGGAGGAACUCAGGAAAGAGAACCAGAGAAAAAUGAGACUGGCUAGUUUAGGCAAAUUCGAGGCGAUACCGGACGACAUGACGCCGGAGGAGAUAUUGAAACAGGCGAGAGGGGCGGCCAAAGCGGCAGCGGAGAAACUCAGUCUGAAGAGAGUCAAUUCAAAGAUGGGCUUCCUGCGGCAGAAGAAGGACGGCACUACCAGUCUGCAGAUCAUCGUGCCUGGGGACGGGAUUAUUCCCGGAACUAACCAGAGACCCGUGUCUCUGGGACAAUUGAUAGGCAAGUUAAAUCACGGAACGGGAGCAUUGGCGGGAUUCCGAGAAGAUCGCAGGAACAUGUCGAAACCGGCGAAACCCCUAUAUUACGGCGCAUUCGGAUCGUACGCGCCGAGCUACGAUUCGACAUUUGCGAAUCUCACGAAGGAGGAAACGGAUCUGGUGUAUCAGACUUACGGCGACGAAACUGCCGUACAAUACGCCGAGUCUAUUUUAGAUUUCGCUAAGGACUGUGAUUACACGUUGACCAUGGUCGACGAUCUACUGGACAUUCUCACGAGCGGCGAUCACAGAAAGACGAAGAAAUUGCUCGAGGAAAAACGAAGACUGAAGGAGGAAGAAGAGAAGAUCAAGAACUUAUUAGAGAAACCUAUGCAAGACGUGAAUCGUAACAUUUCGUCGGCGGAUAAGGUUAAAGUUGAUCUUGAACAACUCAGGACGCUCGCGGAGAUCGGUAUCGAUAUAAACUUCUUAGAGAAUUUAGAAGAAGAGUUUAAGUACAGCGAGGAACGCGCUACACUACAAAGCCGUCUGGAUGACACAUCGCAGAUGCUGGGCCGGCUUAAGCAGGCCCAGCAUGAGCGUCUAUCGGCGCCACCACCGGCUCAUCUGUCCAACGUUCCUAAAGCAUCAGACGCCGAGGUGAUACUGGCUGAGAAGAUCACCGACAAUCUUACUGACAUAGCGAAGAAACUGCCACCAUCGGGGAUCGCGCCUGUCGACGGUCUACGUAGAGCGAUGGGUAUAGCGCCUCUAGGUGGACCGGAGCCCAUGGAAGUCGAACCGAUUACGCACAACCCUACCAUAGUCACCGACAGCUCGUUGCUGCCGCCAAACAAUAGCAACAAUCAAGUGCUGUCGAGUCUAUUACCGACCCCCUCGCCGAUUCAAAAUACAAAUCUACUAAGCCCGACUGGUCAGCAAAAUCAAAAUAUUAAUAUUGUGGGCGCGAAUCAGCCACCGCCGUCGAUACAGAUACAGCUCGGCAUGACGCACAGCAGCCAGACGCCACCGUCGCUGCUGAGCGCGACGGAGCCGUCCAGCGUGACCGAUCUUGAGUCCGAAUUACGCGAAUUCCUGGAGAGCGAUCCCACACUCGGACACUCGCCUCUCCACGAUGAUAAAACUUUGGAGGAUAUCUUAUCAGAGUCUUAGUGUACGCGCGUUAAUCUAAGUAUAUUGGGAUAUAAAUUAUGAAGAUAAGUAUAAAUUAUAUAUAAGAAGAUUAAGCAAGAUAAAACACGUAAAGUAUCACGAGUUGUUUUUUGUCGGAAAUUAUUAGGGAUAAUAAUAGUUUAGUGUUUUAGGGUUCCCCGAGAAAAUAUAUCUUGUCACACUUUACGCGCUAUAUCCUAUAUAUAAAGUCUGUACAUUUUAUUACCGACUUACUAAUUUCACAUGUACUAUUAAUAAAUCAAAUUAUAUAGUCUUGUGUCUUAUUUUAA